CCCGAUCGGGUGAGGUUGGCCUCUUGGUGGAAAAGCGUUUUUCCACACGGUUGGUCUGGUCAGUUGCACCCGUAACUUCGGUCGCUACGGAUGGUUCCUUCUCGGUCGUGCCGGCUCGAUCGUUCUGUUGGUUUUGGUUACUGAUCUUGGCGGUAGAACGCUAUUGUGGAAAGUUUGAAACAAGUGAUUUAUUGUUAGUCUUCGGAGAAGGAAAUAUUUCAAAAUGUCGACCACCUGCUUUGGCUGCAAGGAGGAGAUCAAGGACAAGAUGCUAGAGGCCCUGGAUAAGUCCUGGCAUCCGGAGCACUUCGCGUGCAAGGAGUGCAAGAAGCGCAUCGUCGAGAACAAAUUCCACGAAAGCGACGGGCUUCCGGUGUGCUCCAAGUGCUUCGAGUCCAAGUUCCAGGCCAUCUGCGCUGCCUGCCGGAAGAUGGUCACCGAGAAAGUGGUAAAAGCCAUGGGAAAAACCUGGCACCUGGAGCACUUCAUCUGCGGUGGACCCUGCAAGCAGCAGCUCUCCGGUCAGACCUUCUUCGAGCGUAACGGAAAGCCGUACUGCACGACCGACUACGAGCGGCUGUACGCUCCCAAGUGUGGCGGUUGCAAGAAACCCAUCUCGGAGAAGGCCAUUUCCGCCCUGGAAGGCAAGUGGCACAAGGAGUGCUUCCAGUGCAAGCUCUGCAAGCAACCAAUUGGCGUGGACUCAAAGUUCCGCUCGGACAAGGAUAAGCAACCGAUUUGCGAGAAGUGUGGAGUCUAAAAUGCAAUCGUUUCCAUCUCUCUCUAUCCUAAUUUGCUGGAUGUGGCCGCGUGACAACUCAGUACUGUUGUAAUCAAUGUAGAUGAUAAAACGAUGACAUCCCUUCUCUCUCUAUUCACUCAAACAUGGACAAGAAUAAAGAUAAAAAUUAUAACUUUUAAUUUAAAUGCUUCA